UCCUGGCUUGUGUGACAUUCGUAUAUGUUCUCUGGCUUGUUAUUUUCUGAUUUCAGCAUGUAAAGUGAGAAAGUGUGGGUGUUAAUUCAUUACUACACAAUAUGGAAAUUGACAGUGAUAUAUCCUCUGGCGAGGAGGAAACUUUGACAGCUGGGGAAGUGCUCCAAAUCUUAGAAGAAUCUUGGCUGAACGAAAAGUUUAGUCCAGAAAUUUUACCACACCGAAACGAAAUGGUUGAGUGUAUGCUGGAACAAAUUAAUCAGAUGGAAGAAAAUUUGAAUAAACUUAAAAAAGGUGAUUUUCGUGUUAUAGUUCAUCAAAUGGAGCUAGAUAGGAUACGCUUCAUCAUCACUAGCUAUCUAAGGAUACGUUUAUCAAAAAUUGAGGAAUUUACCGUCCAUAUUUUGAGUGAGGAAAGUAGGCGGGAUCAUGCAUCUAAAUAUUUGUCACCAGGUGAAUACAAGUUCGCUACCGAAUAUGUUCGCCACAUGGAAAACCAUUUCCAUCUGCUAGCGUUUCGCCACAUGCCCGGAAAUUUUCAAGAAUUCAAUAAAACCAAGAUGGUUGUUGUCCCCAAUGUGUCAAGUCAUGUAUUCAUUCGUGCCAAAGAGAACAUUGCAACAGUAGUAAUAGAUGACGAAGAAAUAGAUCUGGAAGAAAACAGUCAGCAUAUCCUGCCGUAUUCAUCAGUAAUGGAAUUUGUUCGGAGUGGGUCAGUCCAGCUCAUUUGAAGACCAAAACUGUGCGCUGCUGGUGUUAUUGCAGUGUGCAACUUCAGCCCAUUAAGUUACAGUGCAUAUGGACAAACUCUAAUUAAGCUAAUAAGAUUUAGAUGUGUGCAUUGAAGUUAAGUAAUAGCAUGGUAGUUGUGCUUUAUGUCGUGUGUCAAAGUAAUUCCCAGAUAGCAGGUAUUGACUUUUUUUAAAGAUCAGACAUUUUACAAGCCAUUAAUCUACAAUAGUUUUGAACACACAAGAAUAAAAUUAUCUAUUUGAUUAAUUUAAUCACCAAUUUGCGUGUUUGAUUUAGCUUUAUCCACUAAUCCCAGUCCACUGUUGUCAGUAGUAGGCAUAUGUGUUUAAUUCAUGUUUUCAUCCUUUAUGCAAAAAAAAUUACUAUGAAACUUCAUUCCAUGGCAUAAAGUAAAAUAGUCUGCUGUUGCAAAUACUGUUCUCCAACCAGUUUUUACCUAUGCUGCAUUCAGUAUCAUGCACAUGUAUACAGCUGCAAAGAGCAACAUCCUUCUAAGUGAUGCAGUUUAAUUUAGUUGAGUUGCUUGUCUUGUGGGUUUUAUUCAUGUUCUGGAACAUAUUAGUAGGUUUACAAAUAGGUCAAAAGUAUAUUUUUCUGAAAACCAUUGCUGCAUGGUUGCUAUUUACACAACAGCAUUUUUUCUGUUUUUGUAGAAAAAAUUAUAAAGUACGAUCCAUCUAUAUAAUUAUUGUCUCCUCAGAGAUUCAUCUUAGUAGUAGUAGUAAAGUAGAAAUGACUUCAGUUUGUCUUUAAAACUCUGCCAGUUUCUGUAAUUCACAAAGUAGGUGGUCAAAUAUUUUUUGUGGUUUUAUACUGUGUUCCUUUCUGUAGAGCUAGCUUAAAUUGUCGAGCUUGGAAGAGUUAACAAAAAAAUUUUUGUUUCUGAUUUAAAAUGUCCUUUGCUACCUGUCGGACAUUAAAUGUUAUUGGGCAAAUCUGCAAA